UAAUAUUGUUUUUCCCUUUUUAAAGCUGAAGUCGCAAGACUGUUUGCCCCUUACAGAGUGAGGCCUUCCUCAGCGCCACUUUCAUCUCUGACCUCGCAUUCUUCCAAGAAAGCAUGCCGCUCCAUUUACACACACACCUUCUUCUGUUUACAUGAUCAUAUGUCAGACACAGUGCCAGCUAAAGCAGUCAAAUUUGACCUAGCAGCAGCUGGACUUGGAGAGAAACGGAUUUCAUUCCAAGGAAGGGAUGAUGACCCAGAAGUGGUCAAGGCAAAGAUUGAGGAUACCUUCCCUCAGCUGAAAGACACAGGAGGGUUUGAACUGCUGAGAAUCUCGGGUACAACACGAAGCCGUAACCUGUGCACAAUCCCAAGCCCAGACACUGGAUAUACAGUGCGAUAUCUCCGCAGUCCAUUGAGUGGAAUUGGACAAGCUUUGAUCUAUAUAAGGCCACUGCAGAAAAGUAUUGAUUUGGAAGACAGCCUGACAACCCUCCAGCAACAAGGACCCCCCACAAAAUGCCUGAAUUGUGACAUUAACAUUCCUUUAAAUAAAAUGAAAAACCACAUCACUAAAUGCACAAGUUCAUUGAGUGGUGCUGAACCUCAGUCUGUUACUGAAAGUCAGGCUAGGCAGACUCGUAGUACAACAGCAAGGUCAGAGGUCCCAUCCUGUAGCAACAGUGAUGCCUGGAAUCUGUCCUGCGGGGUAGAGGAACCAGAUAGUAUCAUCUUGGAAUCCACCAUAACCUCAGCAAGAGCAGAGCAAUCGUCAAGUGAUAUGGUGGUAGUGCAGGAAGAUGCAUCUCAUCAAGAUGAGGAAAAGUCACUUCUAGGGGAAAAACCAGAGUGGAAAUGUGAACAAGAUGCAACCAGAGCAGCCUGGCUCUACAAGUCCGAGUUACUUUCAAAGUAUGAGACCAGAAAGGCAGUAGUCCUGCAAAUGGACUUGCGGGAAAGUAUUGUGGAUCAACAGAGAUCACUUAUCUCCCUCUACAAAGCUCCAAAGGUAGAGUGGGCGGGCCCUGUCAGCUGCAAACUGGAAGGGGAUGUUGCUGUUGGAGAAGGGGUGAAGAGAUUCUUCUUCUCAAAGGCAGUUUCUCUAGUACAGUCUGGUUUGCAUUUGAAUUUUGGUAUGUAUGAAACUAGACUGGGCACAUGUAUAGUGGAUUAAAUAAGAGAAUAUUUCAGCAUGUAAAGAAAAUGUAUUUGUUAUGUAAAUGAGUUAAUUGUGUUAAAAUUACUGCCUGGAUUUCUCAUACUCACCAUAACCUAGAUGUACUCUUUUCAGGGAACACAGAUCUUACAAGACUGUUUGACGGUUAGCCAGAACACUUGACUCCAUCCACUUCUCAGACCUUGCUUGAGAGUGACAUGUUUUUGGUGGUAGGCAAGAAAGUUAUGUACAGAAAUAAGAGGAAUAGUAAUUUAAAAUAAUACAUGUGCAGCACUAAAGGAAAAAGCAUUACUUGUGUUACAUUAUCCUAACUGUAACCAUAAAGAUGAAAAAUAGAUUGAAUUCCGGUACAAAACUGUUUGUCUUUACCCCCAUGCAAUGUUAGGCUUAGUGAAUUUAUUAUGUUUGAUCUUAGGAAGAAUAAUGGGACAUUCAUUCAUUCAUGGUGGACCGUGUAUGUCUGGUAUAAGUCCUGCAAUUUGAAAUGCUUUAUCAGUACAGUGGAUGUUCUUUAAGUAUUUAACAUUUAAAGUGUUUUACUUUACGGACUCACACUUCAGUUUUGGUUUGGUCUCACUGUUGUAGGUCAUAACACGAACAAGCCGUCAAGUCAAGCAGCUGAGGAAAGGGCUUAAGGAGACCAUGGUAUGGCCGCUUCUGACAGAAAGAUCAGACAUCAUUCCUCUUUUCUUACCAAGGGACUCAGAGACUGCUCCCUGUUGUGAGUCGAACAGCUGGGUUACAUUUAAUAAAAAUACACCUAAUGUUGCUGACGCUCUUAAGACUACAAGAUAAGUAAAGAUAUAAAAUGACAAAUUAAGCUUAUUUUAUCUUGUAGCAUUUAAGAGAAAAAAUUAACCAAGGUGAACUAUUUUAUGCAGUCUAUUCUAGAAAGGAUAGUGUGGCCUGCCACAGAAGAUGAAGA